ACAGAUGGCGCACGGAACCUUGUAUACUGCGUAUGCCGAUCUGACGUUUUUGGUUAUUUUUGUUCUCGCCUCGUGUUUACUUUAGUGUCUAAUUUUGGUCCAAUUGCGAAAAUUUUGUUGUGCAACACCUCAAAAGUUAAUAUUUCGAUAGGAAUCGUGUCCCGACGCUGAAUAAUAUCGAUCCACGCUUCCGGACUAGAUAUAUGUAUACAGUUUUAUCACGUGGUGGUGUGAUUUAUAUAAUUCUUGUUUACCGCACUAGCUGAAACUUUGCGCAUGUGCGUCCCGUCCGUAACCUCAAAGUGUAGUACGGGGACGGAUUCGGCAGUUUCCGGAUAUCCGGGUGGUUCGUUGGAGCUGUGAUGUGCCAUCGUGAGGGUGUGCGGCCCGCGGGACAGCGUUGGUGAAACACGCGCCGGAGAUGGCUCAAACUCAGUUCACGCGGAGCUCGGAGAGCGACGCAUGGGCGCUGCUCGCGCUCAAAUCAGCGCCCGCCUCGCCGUCGAAGGUGCAAUGGGCGCAAGAGCCGGCGCCCCUCGCCAUCGCGAGACUCGACGGUCGGGAUUUUGAGUAUCUAAUUCGGCAAAAACGGGUCAUAAUAGGGCGGAAUUCGAGUCGCGGUCAGGUCGAUGUAAACAUGGGACAUUCGAGUUUUAUAUCUCGCCGGCAUCUGGAACUGUUCUAUGACCACCCGGAGUUCUACCUCACGUGCAACAGCAAGAAUGGCGUGCUCGUCGAUGGUGUGUUCCAGCGCAAGGGGUCUGCCGCGAUGCUGCUGCCCAAAAGAUGCACGCUCCGUUUCCCCUCUACGAACAUUCGUCUGGAGUUCCAAUCGUUGGUGGAGGAAAGCGGCGGCGGCGCGGGAGGCUCGGGCGCUCCGCUACCGCCGCUGCGCAUCACCAUACCAGUGGAUAACGACGCCCGCAGCCCCGCACCUUCGCCCACAGGCACUAUCAGUGCGGCCAACAGCUGCCCGACGUCGCCGCGGGGCGCUGGCGGUUCGGGCCGCCGGCACGCCGACCUCGGUCUGGUGGCGCAGUAUGCUGCGCUCGCAGACCACCAACGGCCCACCUCUAAUGGCAACGCGGCGUCGUCGACGACCUCUGAGUCGGGUUACGGGUCGCGCGAUGGUCGCGAGGGCCGAGAGGGUAGGGAAGGUCGCGAGGGUCGCGAAGCACGGGAGGGUCGUGAAGGACGCGACGACGCGAAGCCUCCGUACAGCUACGCUCAGCUCAUCGUGCAGGCCGUCGCCUCUGCGCCAGACAAGCAGCUGACGCUGAGCGGUAUCUACAGCUACAUCACCAAGCACUACCCGUACUACCGCACCGCCGACAAGGGUUGGCAGAACUCCAUACGGCACAACUUAUCGCUUAACAGAUAUUUCAUCAAAGUACCGCGCAGUCAGGAGGAGCCGGGCAAAGGCAGCUUCUGGCGCAUAGACCCGCAGAGCGAGGGCAAACUGAUCGAGCUCUCGUUCCGCCCGCGUCGCCCCCGCGGAGUGCAGUUCCGCGCACCCUUCGGACUCUCCUCACGGAGUGCUCCGACGUCCCCUUCACAAGUGGGCGUGUCGGGCUUGGUGACGCCCGAGGAGUUGUCGCGGGAGCCCACGCCCGACCUCUUCACCGGGGAAGAAAACGACCAACAGGCGAGUCAACAGCGGUUGGGCGGGGCCGGAAGCGGAGGCGGGGGCACAUCGCACUCGACGCAGUACCUGUUCCCGCAGCGCAGCGGCGUCAGUCAGAGCGCGCCCGGCUCACCAGGUCACGGGUUGUCGUACAACGCCAGCAGCAGUGGUCUGGUGAUGACAGUCGUCACCAAUGGCGCCGGUGGUGAGAGAGAGGAGAAGUACGUGGUGGGGCGCGGCGCGGGGGGGCUGGUGUCGCUGCAGGAGGAGGAGGCGCCCCCCGCAGUGCUGCUGCACCACUCCCCCUACUACUCUGGUAGUUACGGUGGUGGUGAGGAGGGGUGUGCGGCGCUCGGCGGAGAGCUGGUCAUCGAGGAGGCGCCCGACGACCCCCCCCACAAGCGCGCCAAGCACCACCAUCUGUCAGACAUGGAGGACAGGCGCGCGUAUUGACGCCCCGCCGGCCAACACCCGCCGCGUCUCACCUGACCUGUCUCCUAUCACGCGUCCGGUAUCCACGUCCGGAUCUCCGGACGCACAGCCGGCCGGACACCAGUGACGUCACCGGACGACGGCGAGUGUAACAGUAAGCAAUAAAUUGACAGCGGCGAAUAUUGAACUCUACAGUGCUAAGAAUAAAGUGUUGUUACGAGUGGUACAUUUAAGUUUAAGCAAUGCAUUGGCGCAUUUCCUCGUUUUUCUGUCGGUUUUUUUUUUUUAGUUUGUAAAUUGGGCUCCAGCGUUGUCACCUCGGUCCGGGUGUCAUGAGAUGGACUUUUUUUUUUCUGUUAGUCAUUGUAUAGUCAGCUUGAAAAAUAUUUUAAUUUAACCCGAGUAUACAGUAGAUUAGAGUA